AUGGUCACGUUCAGGAUGUCCCGGUUGGCCGGGUUGUUCCUGGCUGGCAUAAGCUUUUCUUCACAUGCUGUGGUUUUCGCCCAAGAAGGCGCCUUAUCGUCCAGCGCCAGCACCACAGGCGUCAGCAAGGCGUCUCCCCUGCGAGCCGAGGAGAAUUCGGCCUCGAGCACAAGUAGCAAGGACGUGACGAUUUUGGUAGGGACCAAAUCGAUCCCUAAUGAAUCGCCUACGGGCACAUACGUGACCUACACGGAUAGGAUCACGCUGCCGACAGAAAGCACAACAGAAGAGGAGACGGUGACCUUUACUGGCUCCAUAUCAACGACGUUUGCGGGCAACGCGUCGGCGACGGAAACGGGCAGCCUGCCGAUCAACACGCAGCCGUGCAACAACUAUAUCGAGUUCUGCGAGCGCAAGUACAGCAACAUCACGGUGGUGGGCUGCCACAACUCGCCAUUUGUGCGCGAGGGCAGCUCGGCGGCCAACCAGCAACUGGACGUGAUCCACCAACUCAACGACGGAGUGCGGUUCCUCCAAGCGCAGAUUCAGUGGCCCACGGACGGCAGCAACUGGGUGGACGAGCACCCCUACGAUGUCGUCACCAUCCUUCUCGGCAACGGCAACUACUCGCAGCCGGGACUCUACGCGCCAUACAUUGAGGAGAGCGGCAUUCUCAAGUAUGCAUACAGGCCCCCGUUCGUGCCCAUGGCCCUGGACGACUGGCCCACGCUGUCUGAGAUGAUUCUCAAGGGCAAGCGGGUCGUCAUGUUUCUAGACUACGAGGCGAACCCAACCGAAUACCCAUGGCUGCUCGACGAGUUUUCUCAGCUGUGGGAGUCGCCAUUUGACCCGGUUGACAACACAUUCCCGUGCGUGGUGCAGCGACCCCCAGACCUGUCGGAGGAGUCAGCUCGCAACCGGCUGUACCUCCUUAACCACAACCUCAACGCCGAGUUCAACCUCUUUGGCGCGACCAUCCUCGUCCCAGCGGUGCCAGUACUCAACGUGACCAACGGCGAGACGGGAGAGGGUAGCCUGGGCAACUCGACAGCCGGCUGCGUAGCGGCCUGGGGCCGACCACCUAACAUCCUGAACGUCGACUACUACAACUUUGGUACGCCCGAGGGCUCCGUAUUCAAGGUGGCAGCCGCGUUCAACAACGUCACAUACAAUGGCUCGUGCUGCGGCAAAUUCGUGAGCGAGGGUGCCGGAGUGGCGGCGCCUGCGCUUGUAGCUCUCGGCAUGGCAGUGGCCUUUUCGGUUCUCAUGUCCUCGUAA